AUGUUGGACUCGAAAAUGUUGGACACGAUAAUGUUGGACUUGAGAAUGUUGGACUGGAGAAUGUUGGACUCGAGAAUGUUGGACUCGAGAAUGUUGGACUCGAGAAUGUUGGACACUCGAGAAUGUUGGACACUCGAGAAUGUUGGACACUCGAAAAUGUUAGACACGAGAAUGUUGAACACGAGAAUGUUGGACACGAGAAUGUUUGACUCGAGAAUGUUGGAAUCGAGAAUGUUGGACUCGAAAAUGUUGGACACGAGAAUGUUGGACACGAGAAUGUUGGACACGAGAAUAUUGGACACGAGAAUAUUGGACACUCGAGAAUGUUGGACACUCGAGAAUAUUGGACUCGAGAAUGUUGGACUCGAUAAUGUUGGACUCGAUAAUGUUGGACUCGAUAAUAUUGGACACGAGAAUGUUGGACAUGAGAAUGUUGGACUUGAGACUGUUGGACACGAGAAUAAUGUUGGACACGAUAAUGUUGGACACGAUAAUGUUGGACUCGAUAAUGUUGGACUCGAGAAUGUUGGACUCGAGAAUGUUGGACUCGAGAAUGUUGGACUCGAGAAUGUUGGACUCGAGAAUGUUGGACUCGAGAAUGUUGGACUCGAGAAUGUUGGACACGAGAAUGUUGGACACGAGAAUGUUGGACACGAGAGAAUGUUGGACACUCAAGAAUGUUGGACUCGAGAAUGUUGGACACGAGAAUGUUGGACACUCAAGAAUGUUGGACUUGAGAAUGUUGGAUUCGAGAAUGUUGGACACGAUAGUGUUGGACUCGAGAAUGUUGGACACGAGAUUGUUGGACACGAGAAUAUUGGACACGAGAAUAUUGGACACGAGAAUGUUGGACACGAGAAUGUUGGACUCGAGAAUGUUGGACUCGAGAAUGUUGGACUCGAGAAUGUUGGACUCGAGAAUGUUGAACUCGAGAAUGUUGGACUCGAAAAUGUUGGACACUCGAGAAUGUUGGACACGAGAAUUUUGGACACGAGAAUGUUGGACACGAGAAUGUUGGACACGAGAGAAUGUUGGACUCGAGAAUGUUGGACUCGAGAAUGUUGGACACUCAAGAAUGUUGGACUCGAGAAUGUUGGACUUGAGAAUAUUGGACGCGAGAAUGUUGGACACGAGAAUAAUGUUGGACACGAGAAUGUUGGACUCGAGAAUGUUGGACACGAGAAUGUUGGACACGAGAAUGUUGGACUCGAAAAUGUUGGACACGAGAAUGUUGGACACACGAGAAUGUUCGACACGAUAAUGUUGGACUUGAGAAUGUUGGACUGGAGAAUGUUGGACUCGAGAAUGUUGGACUCGAGAAUGUUGGACUCGAGAAUGUUGGACACUCGAGAAUGUUGGACACUCGAAAAUGUUCGACACGAGAAUGUUGAACAUGAGAAUGUUGGACACGAGAAUAAUGUUGGACACGAGAAUGUUGGACUCGAGAAUGUUGGACACGAGAAUGUUGGACACGAGAAUGUUGGACUCGAAAAUGUUGAACACGAGAAUAAUGUUGGACUCGAGAAUGUUGGACUCGAGAAUGUUGGACUCGAGAAUGUUGGACUCGAGAAUGUUGGACUCGAGAAUGUUGGACUCGAGAAUGUUGAACUCGAGAAUAAUGUUGGACUCGAGAAUGUUGGACACGAGAAUGUUGGACACACGAGAAUGUUGGACACGAUAAUGUUGGACUUGAGAAUGUUGGACUCGAGAAUGUUGGACUCGAGAAUGUUGGACUCGAGAAUGGAGCCGAGGAUGUUGGACACUCGAGAAUGUUGGACUCGAGAAUGUUGGACUCGAGAAUGUUGGACUCGAGAAUGUUGGACACGAGAAUGUUGGACACGAGAAUGUUGGACACACGAGAAUGUUGGACACGAUAAUGUUGGACUUGCGAAUGUUGGACUCGAGAAUGUUGGACUCGAGAAUGUUGGACACGAGAAUGUUGGACACGAGAAUGUUGGACUCGAAAAUGUUGGUCACGAGAAUGUUGGACACACGAGAAUGUUGGACUCGAAAAAAUUGGACACGAGAAUGUUGGACUCGAGAAUGUUGGACACGAGAAUGUUGGACACGAAAAUGUUGGACACGAGAAUGUUGGACACGAGAAUGUUGGACACGAGAAUGUUGGACACGAGAAUGCUGGAUACGAGAAUGUUGGACUCGAGAAUGUUGGACUCGAGAAUGUUGGACACUCGAGAAUGUUGGACCCGAGAAUGCUGGACCCGAGAAUAUUGGACACUCGAUAAUGUUGGACUCGAGAAUGUUGGACUCGGGAAUGUUGGACACGAGAAUGUUGGACACGAGAAUGUUGGACACAUGAGAAUGUUUGACACGAGAAUGUUGGACUCGAGAAUGUUGGACUCGAUAAUAUUGGACACGAGAAUGUUGGACACGAGAAUAUUUGGCACGAGAAUAUUGGACACUCGAGAAUGUUGGACACUCGAGAUUAUUGGACUCGAGAAUGUUGGACACGAGAAUAUUGGACACGAGAAUAUUGGACACUCGAGAAUAAUGUUGGACUCGAGAAUGUUGGACACGAGAAUGUUGGACACAAGAAUGUUGGACUCGAGAAUGUUGGACUCGAGAAUGUUGGACACUCGAGAAUGCUGGACUCGAGAAUGCUGGACCCGAGAAUGUUGGACACUCGAUAAUGUUGGACUCGAGAAUGUUGGACUCGGGAAUGUUGGACUCGAGAAUGUGGGACAUGAGAAUGUUAGACACACGAGAAUGUUGGACACGAGAAUGUUGGACUUGAGAAUGUUGGAUUCGAGAAUGUUGGACUCGACAAUGUUGGACACUCAAGAAUGUUGGACACUCGAAAAUGUUGGACACGAGAAUGUUGGACACGAGACUGUUGGACUCGAGAAUGUUGGACUCGAGAAUGUUGGACACGAGAAUGUUGGACACGAGAAUAUUGGGCACGAGAAUAUUGGACACUCGAGAAUGUUGGACACUCGAGAAUAUUGGACUCGAGAAUGUUGGACACGAGAAUAUUGGACACGAGAAUAUUGGACACUCGAGAAUGUUGGACACUCGGGAAUAUUGGAUCCGAGAAUGUUGGACUCGAGAAUGUUGGACUCGAGAAUGUUGGACUCGAGAAUGUUGAACUCGAGAACGUUGGACUCGAGAAUGUUGGACUCGAGAUUGUUGGACUCGAGAAUAUUGGACACGAGAAUGUUGGACUCGAGAAUGUUGGACCCGAGAAUGUUGGACAUGAUAAUGUUGGACACGAGAAAAUGUUGGACACUCGAGAAUGUUGGACUCGAGAAUGUUGGACUCGAGAAUGUUGGACUCGAGAAUGUUGGACACGAGAAUGUUGGACACGAGAAUGUUGGACAACAGAAUGUUGGACACUCGAGAAUGUUGGACUCGAGAAUGUUGGACUCGAGAAUGUUGGACACGAGAAUGUUGGACACUAGAAUGUUGGACACGAGAAUGUUGGACACGAGAAUGUUGGACUCGAUAAUGUUGGACUCGAGAAUGUUGGACUCGAGAAUGUUGGACACUCGAGAAUGUUGGACACUCGAAAAUGUUGGACUCGAGAAUAAUGUUGAACUCGAGAAUGUUGGACACGAGAAUGUUGGACACGAGAAUGUUGGUCACGAGAAUGUUGGACUCGAGAAUGUUGGACACGAGAAUGCUAUGUUGGACUCGAGAAUGUUGGACUCGAGAAUGUUGGACACGAGAAUGUUGGACACGAGAAUGUUGGACUCGAGAAUGUUGGACACUCGAGAAUGUUGGACUCGAGAAUGUUGGACACUCGAGAAUGUUGGACUCGAGAAUGUUGGACUCGAGAAUGGAGCCGAGGAUGUUGGACACUCGAGAAUGUUGGACUCGAGAAUGUUGGACUCGAGAAUGUUGGACUCGAGAAUGUUGGACACGAUAAUGUUGGACACACGAGAAUGUUGGACACGAGAAUGUUGGACUCGAGAAUGUUGGACUCGAGAAUGUUGGACUCGAGAAUGUUGGACACUCGAGAAUAUUGGACACUCGAAAAUGUUGGACACGAGAAUGUUGGACACGAGAAUGUUGGACAAGAGAAUGUUGGACACUCGAGAAUGUUGGACUCGAGAAUGUUGGACUCGAGAAUGUUGGACACGAGAAUGUUGGACACUCGAGAAUGUUGGACUCGAGAAUGUUGGACACGAGAAUGUUGGACACGAGAAUGUUGGACUCGAUAAUGUUGGACUCGAGAAUGUUGGACUCGAGAAUGUUGGACACUCGAGAAUGUUGGACACUCGAAAAUGUUGGACUCGAGAAUGUUGGACACUCGAAAAUGUUGGACACGAGAAUGUUGGACACAAGAAUGUUGGACACGAGAAUGUUGGACACGAGAAUGUUGGACACUCUAGAAUGUUGAACUCGAGAAUGUUGGACACGAGAAUGUUGGACACGAGAAUGUUGAAUGUUGGACACGAGAAUGUUGGACACGAGAAUGUUGGACUCGAGAAUGUUGGACACUCGAGAAUGUUGGACUCGAGAAUGUUGGACACUCGAGAAUGUUGGACUCGAGAAUGUUGGACUCGAGAAUGGAGCCGAGGAUGUUGGACACUCGAGAAUGUUGGACUCGAGAAUGUUGGACUCGAGAAUGUUGGACUCGAGAAUGUUGGACACGAUAAUGUUGGACACACGAGAAUGUUGGACACGAGAAUGUUGGACUCGAGAAUGUUGGACUCGAGAAUGUUGGACUCGAGAAUGUUGGACACUCGAGAAUAUUGGACACUCGAAAAUGUUGGACACGAGAAUGUUGGAUACGAGAAUGUUGGACACGAGAAUGUUGGACACGAGAAUGUUGGACUCGUGAAUGUUGGACUCGAGAAUGUUGGACACGAGAAUGUUGGACACGAGAAUGUACGACACGAGAAUGUUGGACUCGAGAAUGUUGGACACGAGAAUGUUGGACUCGAAACCCCGAGAAAAAAAUAUCUCCAAGCUCAUCAGCACAGCAGCGCGUACAAAUUCCUACGCUUGCCUUCACAUCUGCAAAAAGUCUACCUGACGCUCUCGCUGACGCUGGUCGUCGCGUCGCUAGGCGCGUACGCGCACGUGCUGUGGGGGCUCGGCGGCGCGCUCUCGUCGAUAGCGUCUAUCGCGGGAGUGCUUUGGCUCAACGCCACUUCCGCCGUUCCCGCUAACGAGCAGUGGCACUGGGACCGCUGCCAGCAGCUGACUGACAACUACUGUCUCGUUGACUCCCCUGCUGCUGCUGCUGUUUCGAGGGUGUCCGCACCUGGCGCUGGUCUCCUGGUGUUCGCAGGCCACAUCAUGUACGACACACAGGUGCUGCUGGAGAAGGCGGGUGUGCCUGCUGAAAUCGCUCCCUUGCUACAUAUCUCACACGUUCUUUCAACCCCUUUCCCACCCCCUCUCCCACACCCUCUUCCACCUCCUCUUUCGCACAGCUGCCUGCUGGUAUUCGCUGGCUAUAUCAUCUACGACACGCAGGUGCUGCUGGAGAGGGCGAGGCAGGGCCAGUGCGACCACGUGGUGGACGCCCUCGAGCUUCUUUUGGACUUUGUCGCCGUCUUCGUGCGCAUCCUCUUCAUCCUGACAAGGAAGGAGGAGAGGGAGGAGGAGCAGCGGGCAUCAUCCAAGCGCAGAACUGCUGCCAGCACCUCUCGCCGUUAA